UCCCGAAAAUUUAUAGACUUAGAGAGAGAGAGAGAGAGAGAGAGAGAGAGAGAGAGAUGGGAGAGGAGGAUUUGGACUAUGUUCUGGUGCCACUGGGUCUCUGUGUUCUGGGAACAUAUCAUGUUUGGCUUCUGAUCACUGUGCUACGUCAUCCAAUUCGAACUGUGAUCGGUCUCAAUGCUCAGUCUCGUCACCAAUGGGUCUUAUCCAUGAUGAGUGACCCUUUGAAGAAUGGUGUUUUGGUUGUUCAGACGAUACGCAACAACAUAAUGGCGUCUACUCUUUUGGCAACAACAGCAAUCACUCUCAGUUCUCUUAUUAGCGUAUUUGUCAGCAGUACAUCAAACUCCUCUGGCAACACCUCUCUAAUUUAUGGCAAUAAGACAGCCACUCUCUCUUCGAUAAAGUACUUCUCUAUUUUGCUGUGCUUUCUUGUUGCCUUUCUCUGCAAUUUGCAGUCUAUUAGAUACUAUGCCCAUGUUAGCUUCUUGGCCACUGUUCCAACAUGGCAAGGUAGAAAGGAUUGUAUCGAGUAUGUUGCAAGAAACUUGAACCGGGGAAGCUACUUUUGGUCACUUGGAUUGCGAGCUUUCUACUUCUCAUUCCCUCUCUUCCUUUGGAUAUUUGGGCCUAUUCCAAUGUUUUCAUGUAGCUGCAUUAUCUCUGUUGUUCUUUAUUUCCUAGACACAACCACCAGCUUCACACGACAUCUUCACAGUCAUUCAAUCAAAGAGGUGAAAGCUGAUACUGAUCUAGAAUCGCUCAGAUAACUAUCAUAGGGUCUCGGUGAAGUAGAUGAGACUCUUACAGUUGGUAAGUCAAAUGUAAGCACAGGUCUAUGUUUAUAAUUCUAUCUCCCCUAUGUAUUGUAUGAAUGUGAAUAUGCUAGGCAUCCUGCCUGGUUUGUGCAGUUGGUCUUUAGAAUAAAGUGUUAUCAGGUUGAUAGGAAAUUUUUUAGUAAGACAAUGCAGGACACUAGUGGCUUAACUGGUCUUCCAGUAUUUUUCUUGAUUUGAUAUCAUAACGUCAAGGCAAUGUGGCUUGUAGAUGAAGAAGUGGAUCUGUCGAAAGGCAAUGAGAGUGGAAUAUCUGUAUCCUUUUUUCUUUUUCAAGUCUGUAAAUGUAUAAUUUAUCUUCUAGUAGUUUUUUAACAUUGAUAUGUAUGACUCUUGAAUCCCAAUAACUAGUAUGAUAUUUCAUUUUCCUUCUCA